AUGUGCACUAAACUAAAUAUCGCUAAUACUCAUUCAAAUGUAAUGCUAUAUCUAAAAUUAAGAGAAGGUGGUUGUGAUAAAGUAUAAGCCCGUUAAUUUUGUAGAAAGAAUUUUUGCAAAGUAAAGAUAAAUUUAAUAUAUAAGAUUGAUUAAACUUAAAAAUCAAUUGGACCACCAGGACACAAAGUUCUUAAAUUACAUCCUAAUCGGUUAUAAGGAGAGAAAGGAUGGUAACCAGGAUUCAUGAUGAAAUAUGAUCUAGGUAGUGGUUAUAGAGACUGUAAAGGUAUUGUAUCAAUAAAAUAAAUUAGAUUUGAUUGAAGAAACAACUCCAGCUGAAGAUGCAAUUCUGAAAUAAUAUGAAAAAUAUGAAAAAAAGAAAAAUGCUAUACUUUUAUAGAAAAUGUUAGCUGUUAAAAAUUAUGCUGAUUCUUUAAGACCUCCUAAAAUAGAUGUUUUUAGUAAAGAUAGUAUAGAAAGAAUAAGAAAAAUAUCUUAGGAGUUACAUGAAAAUUAAUAAAAGCCUAAAUAAUAUUUUGAAAAAGGAGAUAUGAAAUUUUAUGCAUUAGCUGAUUAUAUUUCAACACAUCGUUCAGGUUCAUUAAAUGAUUUGAGAAUAAAUUUUGAUCCUAUUGUCAAUACCUAAAUAAAAUUAAAAACUGAAAAUUCUUAAUAUUUAAGUCCAAACAAAAUCUUCAAAAGACAAUCCACAAUAAGCACUAUAGAAAAAGGAGCUAAUUUAAUAAUGGCCUUUUAAAACUAAACUCCGAUUAAUGAAGAAUUGGAUACAAAAUCAUCUAAUUAAAAUAAUGAAGUGGCUUCCUCCCUUUUAAGAUUUAAUCAUCACAAAUUAGAAUUGGCAGAAGAAUUUAAUUCAUCUCAAUAUUUAUUUACUCCAUCUAGUGCUCAUACAAGAUAACCAAGUUAAAUUGACUAAAAUGAUUAAGCAGUGAAGUGUUUCGUAUAGUAAUUUUAUGAUAAACAAUAUAAUGAUAAAGUUAUUCCCUCAACUAAAAGGAAUCUAAGAUUAAGGAUAGUAGCAAAUAGUGGAAUCGACAAAAAGGAGCCAUCUAAAUAAAUAAAAAAGUAAGAAAAAAGAUUAAGUAUGUGA